UGGUCUUUAACUUUCUGCGUGGAGACACUAUUAUCGCUGUUUUCUCAGCUCAUUUGAUCAGCUAUGGAGAGUGCAACCGAGAGCGUAUCGAUUGUCCCCUGCUAGGAUCCUGGUCUACUCUAGCGACUUCAUCGACUCGUUUCUGGGACGUUUGCUGAAAAGAUCUAUCUGAAUUCCUGGGAAUCGCGAGACUGGGAUCACACCGAGCCACUGCGUUGGCCGAACUGUCCUGGUGUCGAGACGGUCAGACGGAUGCUCCGUCGGUUUCCACGAUCAGUCCCUCUCCCAUUGCCACUGAUUAGGGUUCUUUGACCUUAUGACCGGACGCCACACAUGCAUGGUCCCAGAUGCUCACAUCUUAUAAUAGACCAAAACUCCUGGAUCUGCAUCAGCAGCUUUCGUAGAGGGCGAUGACCUGGCAGGGCGCAUUGACACUCACUCCGCAGCAAACUCGCGACUCAUGCAGUAUUCCUAUGCCCCUACAGGAGUGAAAACCAUGAGACCUCAAUCAUCUGCUAUGUGCCACUCCGGUCGACUAGGCACCCUAGUUGGCCGUCGGAAAGGCAACCGCUCACUUGUCUUCUAAUGCGCUCUUUCGGUUAAAUAUCGACAAGUUUGAAGAGUCUUUGAGGCUCACAGUACGAGCCUCUUGUUGGUCCACCUUUGGGGAACAAGAUGAAACGAAACUCUGAGUGCUGAAGGCCACACUACUCAGCCAUGUCCUCCGAUUGCUGGCAUGUUCUGCGGUCCUGGGACAUAGUUUAUCUGGCACGAAUCUCUGUUCUGGAGGCUGUCAGAUCGGUCAAAACGGCCGACGGCAUACACCCUCUGACACAGGUUCUAACCACUCGGCCGCAGUUCACUGAUAGUCCAUCAUCUAAAAAUAAACUUAAUCGAAUCAAUGCAGAAGUUAUGUGCUCUGUUAGUCCGAUUUCUCAGCUUGCUGAAUCUUCUUAGAUCCACUAACGGACAUUUGUUCGACACUCGGCCUGCUUCGGUUGCAUGUCGGAUGCUACCAGCCAUUUCAAGCCUGUCCCAGCUCCCUGAUUCUUCAGACAGCGGUCAGAUUGACCAAAAUUAACAACUGACCAGAAAAGCAUGACUGCAGUAGGUCUCGCGGCGCACUCACUAGAGACUAGGUCAACUUCUUCUCGGUCUCUGGCACAAUCCUCCUGGGCUCAUGCAACUGCGAAUACGUUGUGGGCGCCAUUGACUAAUCGGCCGCUCUUCGAGCCGCCUUUGGACCAUUUUUUGUCCCAUAGGAAGAAAUUUAGGAUAAGAUCGACACAACCUAUUGGCUGCGCUCAUCUUGUCUCGCUUCGGGUUCUCUAUCCGCUUCUCGAUCUCGAGACCAAUAAUGCCGGGACGUAACCGGGGACGGCAGCAGUCGGACCGCUUCGAUGUGCAAAAAUAGCUCACUGAAACACGACGCGGCAUAGCCGGACUCGCUCAUGACCAGUUUUGGCUUCCAGAAUUCUCUCUUUUCUAUGGCGCGAGUCUCAUAGAGACGUCAUCGAUUCACUGGGAGGUCGUCUUGUCGCGACUGGAUGCAUUUUCACAGUGGCUCCCGCACGACCUCGUGAGAAGCGGACCCUUUCCACUUCACGAUUCACUACCGACGCAUACAAUAUUCUCGAUCGAUUCAUGGAUAACAACAUGUUUGGGCAAAUGAGAAACAUGUGCUGACUAGGCUCCCGUGAUGCGUUGAGUUCGCGAGCAAGGAGAUCCCCGAAUGCUUGAUCUCUAUGCCAAAUGGCUUGAAUGGUCAGCAGUUGGCUCCAGGGAAACCAUGUGAACCGUUCCUGAUGAAAAUUCGUCGUGACAAGCCCUCACCUGGAUCUUUGAGCACGGUUACUCCUCGGCGAAGGACAUGUGCGAUUGCCGGGGGUGGUAGUGACGCUCGUACGAACGAAUAAACGAUCCCGAGCGGACCGCCUCCAGGCAGACUGGCGGACCGCUGUGCACAACGGUCGUCUAGGGACUCCCUAUAAAGGACGCAAGGAGCAUGUAUGUGGACUCCAGUUCAACAACUCUCAGCGUUCCAACAAUGAUCUCUGUGUCUACAAUUCUCCGACUCGCUGCUCUCGUGGCUGUAGCUGCUGCUGCGCCAAGCAACGUCACGAGAACUGAGACCGCCAAGCGAGCCACCUGCACGGUGAAUAGCGUCUCAAGCGCAUCUAACCUCGGAAGUUGCACUAGCGUCGUCAUCGAAGCGUUUACCGUUCCCUCCGGGUCAACUGUUACAAUUGCGGCGGCCAGCGGCGCCACCGUUACGAUGACAGGAGACAUCACCUUUGCAAAGACCACUUCUUCGGGUCCGCUCAUCACAUUCAACACUGCGAACAUCAAUUUCAACGGGGGGAACCAUAACAUCAAUGGAAAUGGUGCUGCGUACUGGGACGGCCAGGGGACCAACGGGGGCGUGACCAAACCCCAUCCCUUUGUCAAAUUCAAGGGCUCAGGGACUUUCUCCUCCGUGACCGUCCUCAACUCUCCCGCCCAGGCCAUCUCCGUGGGAACCACCGCUGCAAGCGUCAUCCAACACGUCACUGUCGAUAACUCCGCCGGUGCCGCUCUUGGCCACAAUACCGACGGGUUUGACGUUAGCGCAUCAGGCGUGACGAUUUCCCAGUGCACUGUCAUCAACCAGGACGACUGUGUCGCUGUCAACUCUGGAGACAGCAUCAUCGUCGAAGACACGACCUGCACCGGCAGCCACGGCAUCUCAAUUGGCUCCAUCGCAUCCGGAAAAUCUGUCACCAACUUCAAAGCUGCCCGAAACACGAUCACCGGGGGCUUGUACGGUCUCCGCAUCAAGGUCGACGCCAGCGCCACCGGUGCCAAAGUCUCCGGUGUUGUCUACGAAGCAAACAAGAUCUCGGGCAUCACCGACUACGGCGUCCUGAUCACUCAGAGCUACCCCGCAAACGACGGCACUCCCGGAACAGGCGGACCCAUCUCGGGCGUCGCUUUCAACGGCGGAACGACAACCGUCGCGGUCGACAGCAGCGCGAUGUCCGUCGUCGUCGAUUGCGGCGCCUGCUCCGGCACCUGGGACUUUUCGGGUCUCGAUGUCACGGCAGCUGGCAAAGGAUCGAAAAUUGCGGCAGACAAGGCUAAAAUCACCGGCGGAACAGGAUUUUAGGAAACGCACAUACACGACCUUGAGAUACCCAAAUAACAGUACCGAAAAAUUGUAUCGUUU